AUGUCGAGGCCGGCCCGAGCGGCCACCGGAACGGACGCCGGAGCGGCCGCAGGGGCUGGUGCCAUCGCGCCGCGCCGCUGGCGGGCCGCUGCCAUAGAGCUCUCGUGGGCGUGCUAUGCGCGCUGCUAUUGGGGGUGGACCAAUACUGAGCGAACAAAAAUUGACCCCGUUCGGUUACGACGGCAGCCCUCUUCACUUAAUGGCAAGGGCCUUAAAGUAAACACAGUUCUCCGAGGGGGCUCCGUGUACCGGGCCGCCUUUCUCGCCCGUGCCGGGUCUAGCUACGGCUACGCGGCUUCAGCAGCCGGCCACAUUGAUAGCUGGCGGAGCCGUGAGCUGCCCGUGCUUGUUCGGCCUGCCGAGGCGCAGCGAUGCGCGGAUGGCGAGCAGGGCAUCGUCUACCUCGACCACGCCGGCGCGGCGCUCCCACUCGCCUCGCAGCUCAGAGCCGUAGCAGAGGACUGCACGACACGACCUCUCGGCAACCCGCAUUCGGCGGGUCCGGCGGCGGGCGCGGCCAGCGCCGAGCUCGACCGCGCCAGAUCCCUCGUGCUCGCCCACUUCUGCGGCUCGCAUGCGCCGGACUGGGAGGUGAUUUGGACGGCGGGCGCGACGGCGUCGCUGAGGCUGGUGGCAGAGCACUUCCAGUUCUGCGGCCGCUCGGCACUGCUGAUGCCGUCCGCGUGCCACACCUCCUGCAACCUGACCGGAGACGUCUCCGACAUUCGGGCGGCUUCGGCGGGGCUCGCGCAGCUUGGGACCGGCACGUGGUGGCUCAUGCUGGACGCCGCAAAGGCGGCGGCGACGGGUCCGCUCCACCUGCACGCCAGCGGAGCGGCCCUUUGCGCCGUCUCCUUUUACAAGCUGUUCGGCUCUCCGACGGGGCUGGGCACGCCUCCCGCCCGCCGCUCGCUCCCUCGCGCGCUGCUCGUGCGGCGCGACGCGCUGCGCCUCCUGCGGAAGGACAGCCGGCACGGCUACUUUGGCGGAGGCUCGGUGGCGGCGGCGUUGCCGCACCCGCUCUCCUCGCCGCCAGCUGCGCCGCCGCACGCCCCUCGCGACGACCAGAACGCCGACGGGACAGCGCACUACUUGGGCGUCGCGGCGCUGGCGCGAGGGUUUGAGGUGCUCGAGGCGGUCGGCGGGCCGGCCGCCAUAGCGGCGCACACUCGCGCACUCGCGGCCGAGCUCCGGUCCCGCCUCCGCUCCCUUCGGCACGCCGACGGGCGGCGCGCGGUCGUGCUCUACGGUGCGUGGGCGGGCGGCGAGGGAGGCGCCGGCGAGGGAAGGGCCGGCGAGGGAGGGGCCGAGGGCGCCGUUCGCACUUCGCUCGGCGGACCAACAGUCGCCUUCAACGUCGUGCGGCACGACGGCAGUGUCGUCGGGUACGCCGAGGCGGACGUGCUCGACGCGGUGCGCGCGGGGAAACAGUGCGGCGACGAGCGGGACGUCUUGGGCGGCCGGCCGACCGGCGUGGUGCGCGCCUCGCUCGGCAAGGACUCGAGCUGGGAGGACGUGGACGCCUUGCUCUCCUUCCUGCACGAGACGUUUGUGCUCGUGCCGGCGGAGCGCACGUCCUCCGCCGACGCCGCCGACGCCGAGGCGGACCCGCGUCCGGCCGCACCUUGCCGCGUGCUCGAGCUGUUCGUGCACCCUCUCAAGUCGUGCGGUGGCAUGCGCGUGCGGCGGUGGCCCCUCGACCCGCUCUCGGGGCGGUUGCUCUAUGACCGAGAGUGGGGCCUUGCCGGCACGCUCCUCCGCUCGACGGCCCACCCUCGCCUCGCCCUGCUCCGGCCGGAGCUCGACCUCGCCGCCGGGCUGCUCACCGAGUCGCUGACGCUGUGCGGCGAGGAGUGCUACGGCGCGGCGGUCGGCGGCCCAGAGGCGGCGCUGUGGUUCGAGCGCGCAGUGGGCGUGCCGUGCCGGCUCGUGCGCUGCUCGCGCGCGCGCGGCCCGCCGUUGGCAGGGGGCGGUGCCGCCUCGAUUGGCUUUGCCAACGAGGCGCCGCUGCUGCUCGUGUCGCAAGAGUCCGUCGAGACGCUCAGUAGCGCGUUGCGGCGCGAGGGGGAGCGCCCAGUCGGCGCCCGGAGCUUCCGCCCAAACAUCGUGGUUGGCGCUCCCCGCGCUUCCCCGGGCGGCACACGCCCAGAGGCUCCGCUCCUCUCUGCAGCCGCCUCCGGCGCAGAGGAUGGCUGGACGGCCCUCCGCGUCGGCGGGCUGCGCUUGCGCGUGGCCGGCCCGUGCGCACGCUGCAGCAUGGUGGAGGUGGACCCUGCCUCGGGGGCGCGGCACGGCUCGGUGCUGAGGACACUCGCCACCUACCGCCGCUCGCAUGCGCGCAUAAACUUUGGCGUCUUUUGCGAGUUGGAGCGCGCCGCGGCGGAGCGUGCCGGCGGAACCGAGCGGAUGUUUGUGGAGGAGGGCGACGAGGUUGAGCCGGUGGCACGCUCGCCGGCUUCUCCGACGACGCCGUGAGAGCCCAGGUGACAGAGAGGCGGCAGGCACGCGCCGCACGCCUGUCGUCGCGAGCGCGGCGUGGCGUUCGGGGUUCGGCCCGCAGGUGCGGGGUGCAAGGAUUUUGACGCUUUUGUGUUAUUUCAACUGUUUCCAUCCGUCAGCAUCAUCA